AUGGCUGCUGUUGCAUUAGACGCAUCUUUGUCCAAUGUUCUCAAUUCCCUGGAUCUGGAUAAAGUGCCCGAAAAGUUGAAGUGCACGCGCUGCCACAACUUCAACCUAAAUCCAUAUAAAACCUCUUGUUGCGAUGUUGGCAUCUGCGAAUCAUGCUUCAGCACGACUCGCGGCUCCAGUUGUCCCAAAUGCGAACACAGACCCUUCACUGACGACAUCUGCAAGCCGAGUAAAGCCAUGCAAAAGACCAUCAAGGUGUAUCUCAAGACACAGGAGAAGUCAAAAGGAGAUGAGCGGGCCAAAUCCGACGGGCAAGAUGAGGCAGUUCACCCAUCAGAUGCAGCCAAACCCUGCGUGAAUGGCGGCAGCCAAACAGAUGGGGUUGCUGCAGGAGUGACAGAGGAGCAGCAACCACUGGAAGUGGCAGAAAGUGAAGAGACUCCUGCUGUAGAUGUCCAGCCAUCAAUCGAGGAACCUGACCCUGACCCAGCCGAUAACGACGAUGAUAUUGAGAUCCAGGUGGAAGCAGAAGAUGAGACUCUGCAACCGCUUCCCACCCGAGUGAAGAGUACAGAAGACACUUCACAGUCCCAAUCCGCCAUCUCAUUCGAGAACCAAGCGAAUUCACAAGAGGUGACCAAAAGCAAUACAGAGGGUUUCAAUGGCAUGGACUUUUCAAACAUGAUGAAUGGGUUCGGCAAUAUGGAUUACAACCAGAUGAUGCAAAUGAUGACGGCGAAUGGGAUGGGCUUCAAUCCAAUGAUGGGAAUGCCUAUGGGUAUGAAUCCAAUGUCAGCUGGCAUGUUUGGCGGAUUUGGCGGUCCAAACGGAGGCAUGAACAUGAAUGGGAUGAAUGGCAUGAACAUGGCUAUGAACUACAAUGCCAACCAAGGAAUGUAUGGCUGGGAUGGCCAGAACAACAAUAUGUGGCAGAAUAAUAAUGCAAAUGCAUUCCCGAAUGGCAUGGGCAAUGACUUCGGUUCCAACUAUGGUUUCAAUAUGGGCCCGUCUGGCAACUUUCAACAGCCCUAUGCCUCUGGUGAUUUUCAAAACGGCUACUACGGUCGCGGCUAUGGCAGAGGCCGUGGCCGUGGUCGUGGCGGCUUUGCGAGAGGCCGUGGUAACUUCAGUCAAUACUCGCAAUUCCAACAACAAGGAUAUCAGAACUGGUCUGGGCAGAAGCAAUUCGAGAACCGCAAUGUGCAGUCUCACAUGAUGCAAGCAAGCCCAUCUGAAGCCGCCGCCGAUGAGGAACACAUCGACAACAACCACGACCCCGUCGAUGAGAGUCAUGAAGAUGAUGAAUUCGCUCCUGGUGGUCAGGAAGAGGUUCAAGAGGCCCUUGGAGAAGACUACCAGAAGCCCAUCGCAGUGGAGAAGACUACAAGUACUACCGCUACUCCUGAAGCUUCUGUUGUUGCAGAUGGAGAGUUUGUGAAAGAGGCGGAACACGCGCCGAAGGAUGAGUCUUUGGAUGUUGAUAAAGUGAAUGUGACUGCGAGGCAGGACGACCCGGACAAUGUCCCACCACCGGUUCCUGAGCCUGUGAAAAUGGCUUCAUCAGAAAAGCCAAUACCGGAAGCAUACAGUGAGGAUCUACAAGGCCCGAUGCCACCACCGUCGGCGCCUCUUGGCCCUUCGGCUCAAUAUGGUGAUCAUGGCUUCCGCUCUCGAGGACAUGGUAGAUUCGCCUCUCGCGGCCGUGGCUCGAUUUCGAUGCCAAAUGGUCAUAUUACUCCACCAGUAAAGCCGUUCCCCAAAACUGCUUCACCUAUGGAACCAAAGGGAGUGGGUGUUGUCGGUGCGCCAACGGGUCCUAGAGCGAUGCGUGAACCGGCUGGGCCUGUGAGGCCAGCUUCGCGACCUGCAACAUCCGGGUUUCAAAUCAUGGGGAGAGCAUCCAUGGCGGCCUCUCAGCGUUCGGAAUCUCGAGAUGUCGAGAGAAGUCGUAGUAGGACCCCUGACAAAGACAAGGACAGUUCUAGACGACAAUCCGUGCAGGACAAGUACGCCAACUCGAGGUAUGAAGGGGAGGAGCAAGACGAGUUGGAUUACCGGGACUCUGACAAGGCGUCCAGGAAAUCGUCAAGACGAGACACCUAUGAUGAUUAUGAUCGGAACGAGCGGGAAGUUUCCUACGCUGAAUCGGAUUCUGGAGAUUACAAGUCAUCUUCGCGACGCAGUCGAGGCAUUAAGGAGAGAGCAUCAAAGCAGCACUCAUCGCGCUCCUCACGGCGACAUCAAGACGAAGACGUCAAUGGGGACUACGAAAUGGACGACUAUGAUGAUUCCACACGGUCAAAUCGAGACGAUUACGAGGCCGAAAGUAGGAGCAGACACCGGAGUAGCAAGUCUUCUCGAUACGACGAUAGGGAUAGGGAUCGGGAUCGGGAUCGUGACCGUGACAAAGAGCGCGACCGAGACCGGGAUCGAGACCGUGACCGAGAUAGGGAUCGGGACAGAGAUCGUGACAAGACACGAACCAAAGACCGGGAUCGAGAGUAUCGAGAAGAUAAACACAAAGAUCAGGACCGCGAUCGCAAACGCUCUCGACAUGACCGCCACCGUGAAGACACCGACAAGCAUCAAGACUACGACUAUGACUACGACCAACAGCAGGAUGAGGCCGCCGCUGGAGAACCCGAGUCGCGACAUCGCUCGCGGCGUCACAAGAAAGAUCACCGGCGCGAAGUCGAGGAUACCAGCGGCAUGGAUAGCUCAAUGAUGGUCAAUGGACGCUCACAAUCUCACCGCUCCAGUGGCACGGCAACACCAGCACCAGGGCAGUCAAUGUCGGCAGCCGAAGAGAAAGACCCACACACCCUUGAGCGCGAGGCCAGGAACCGUGAACGCAUGCUCAAGGAACAACAGCGACGGGAGAAAGCGGCCAAACAAGCUUCUUCAUCCUCUGGCGGGGGCGGUGGUGGUGGUGGUGGUGGUGGUGGUGGUGGAGCUACAGGUGGUGGGAGAAGAGUCACGUACAAAUACGAGGAGGAUCUCGAAAGAGGGCUGGUCGAGGGCGAGAGGGAAAGCCAUGGGAGACGGUGGAGGUAG